AUGGCGGAGAGGGUAUCAUCAUCUCCUCCACCGCUCAGCGUCAUCAUCCGCCGCAGGAUGGGCGGCACCAUAGGUGACUUCUUCGCGUUCGACGACCUGCCCACAAUCCUGCACUGGCGGGACUCUGGGACAUUCGGGGAUGACGUCGUCUCAUUCGGCGCGCUGAUAGAAGACGGUGUCGAUGGCGGGCAGCAGGUCUCCCUCAUAGAGACGGGGUGCAUGGUCGACGGCGACACGGCGGCUGACUGCCCGCGGGCCUGCAGCGACGCGAGCACCAUGUUCGGCGACGUCGAGACCUUUUACAACUGCGCCGUGCUGGCGGCCAUCGUGCACUGGACCGGCGAGGUGGGCCGGUACACGGUGACGGACGAGGCGGAGCGCAACGCCAGUGUCGUCAUGGGCGGGGGCGGCGUGGACCUCGCGGACUUCGACCAGAGGACCGUGCUGGAGUCCAUCGUCGCGUGCGAGCAGGACGCCUGCGCAAACGAUGAGCUCGGUUCCCCCUGCGACGCGUCCGUCACCGGGUCGGCCGUCAACGCGUCUAACCCUGAGCUGGUCUUUGAUUCACUCAGUGGUUUCUGUCCGGCGCUCGAGGCUAAGAUCAACGACGACAUUUUCGGGCCAGGUGUCCUAGUCUCGUACGUGAUGCAGGUGUGCUUCGCCAUAACGCUAUACCUCUUUGUAAAGAUGUUCAACAUGUACGUGCGUGCGACACAGGGGAACGACGAUCAGAGGAGGAGGAGGAGGAGGAGGAGGGAGAGUAGUGGGGGAAAGAAUAGGCUCAACCGCAUCCGCACCAUGAUGACGUGGUCCGACUCUUCGGCGUUGUCGCGCACGAGCGUGGCCGUGGCCACGACGCUGGUCGAGUUCCAGGAGGCGCAGUGCUGGUUCGUCUUCGCGUUGCAGAUCGCGUCGGUGCUCGCCAUAGUCGUGCGGUCGCAGGAGGGCUCCUUCUGGGAUGAGAUCGUCGUCAACGCCGCCAUCGCCUUCCACGUGAGCCAGAACGGCAUCCUGCCCAUGUUCCUCGUGCAGAUCUGCCUGCACAACGAGGGCAUCCGCAGCACCCACACCUUCCUGGGCUUCCUGAUGGAGUACGUCCUCGCCAUCAUCGCCGCCUCGCAGAGCAUCUACUUUGACGACGUCUUCCGCCUGUUCCGCUCGCAGACCCCCAUCGACGCCUGCGGCGGGAACCCGAGCCCGCGCACCUACUGCUCCUCCGUCGGGUCCGUCGACGGCCUCCGCAUCGGCUUCUUCCCCCACCCUAUGCUGUACAAGCUCGUCUUCCUCGUCCUCGACACCAUCGCAAUCGUCGUCCUCAUCGUCGACCACGUCGCCUGGGAGCUGCGCAAGCACACGCGUACCCGCCACGCCCGCUUCGGUUCCUUUCGCGUCGGCCGCGGCCCCGAGGGCAGGUUUCAGCCCCACUGGGUCAAGUUCAGGAGGAUAUUUUGGCACACCCUUGAGGCCAUGUACGUCAUCGUCAACGUGCUGUACGCCAUCUCCCUCGCUCGUCUCAUGACGGAUGAGAGCUUUGAUCCCAGUCGUUGGUCCUAUGGUCAGAUCAUCGCCAUGACCGUCUGGGGUCCCGUGAUAGUCAAAUUAAUUUCCCUGGUUUGGUCUGGCCCCCAGAAGAAUGGGCUUGAAGCUGACUCAGGACCGCCCCGACUCCGUAUCGACAACGUCAUCAACCUCCGACUCGGAAGCUCGGUCGACGACGACCAAGACUUUAUCAAGAGCAGAGACGAGGCCGACACGCCGUCGCCCAUGCCGGACAGUGCCAUCGAGAAGAAGACGGCCGACCAAGAAGGCCAAGGAGAAGCCAGCGGUAGUGGCGCUACGAGAAUUGCGGAAGACUUCAAUGCCAAGUAA